AUGGCUCGGGGACCGGGAGAGGAAGCCGGGCUGGAGUUGACAUCAGGCCAGAAGCGGGUGGGUGGAGAGAACCAGGGGUCAACCACCUCUGGCCGCCGGGUGCACACGGACAGCACUGCGGACAGCCCCCUGGGCCCUCCCACAGGACGUGAUGCCUUGCACAUCGACCAGCCGUCAGGGUGGCAUCGAAGACGAGGCUUGGCAGGAGGACUAAAAGCUCCUUCCCCUGUUGCAGGUUGCUCGUUCGGGGGCAGAUUCUAUGCGCUGGAGGACACCUGGCACCCGGACCUGGGAGAGCCCUUUGGCGUCAUGCACUGCGUGGUGUGCUACUGCGAACCGCAGAAGAGUCGCCGUGGGAAGCCGACAGGCAAGGUCAGCUGCAAGAAUAUUAAGCACGACUGCCCCACCCUUCCGUGUGCGGAGUCGGUCCUGCUGCCGGGACACUGCUGCAGAACUUGUCCGAAAGCUGUUCUCAGCACCCCGGAAAAGAGGCCCGCCGAACCGCUUUUCGACAACUUCGAAUAUUUCCAGGAUAAAGAAGACGAUUUGCACAGGAACUACAACGACCGGGCUUAUCUCAGCUCUGAAGACUUGGCGCGGGAUGAUAGCCGCACAGAUUUCGUGGCACUGCUGACCAGUGGCUCGGAGCCGUGGGUGCCUGCGAGCAAUGCGGUGGCGAAAGGCCGGUUCUCUCUGGUCCGUCCGGGCCAAUACCUCCUCCACCCACUCGCCCAAUUCUGCCUCUUCUCACAUAGGCUAGCCCAGCCGAGCCGAGUCCGUUUCACAGAGGCCGAAGGCACCGUCCUCUUCGAACACCCUGUGCAGAAGGGAGCCUCUCCCCAGGACGGCAUGAUCUGUGGCGUCUGGCGGAACCUGCAAAAGUCCUCGGUCCGGCUGUUGAAGGUGGACCAGCUGCGCGUCUCCCUGGUCACCAAGUCCCACCCUGCAGGCGAGAUCCGAGGGAAAAUCAUGAAGCACCGGGCCCUGCUUGCAGAAACGUUCAGCGCGAUACUGACGUCCGUGGACCCCACCCACCUCGGCAUGGGGGGCAUCGCCAUGCUGACCCUGAGCGACACGGAGAACAACCUGCACUUUGUCCUCGUGACCAAGGGUCUGUUGGAGUCGGCGGACAGGAAAUCCCCUGGGCUGCCCCUGAGGGUCCAGAUCCUGCACCAGGACAGGGUCCUGAGGGAGGUCUCCGCCAACGUCUCCUUGCAGGACCCCGACUUUGCCGAGGUGUUGACGGGACUGUCGAGCCGAGAGAUGGCGUGGCUGGCCCAGGGGCAACUGAAGAUCGCCGUGGAGGUGGAGGGCCGAUUCCGGCGCCAGGUCGCCGGUCACGUCACUGCCAGGACGAGCUGCGACACCAUCCAGAGCGUGCUGUGUGGACGAGAUGCCCUCAUGCCCACCCACACGGGGGCCGUGGGUUCUGCCAAGCUUACGCUGCAUGCAAACGGGACGUUGGAGUACCAGGUCCAGGUGGCAGGCACUGGAAGCAAGGUGACCGGCAUCACGCUGGAGACCAAACCGCGGAGGAGAAACAAGCGCAACAUCUUGUAUGACAUGACGCCCAGCUACAGGGAUGGGAUGGCCAGCGGGAUCUGGGAGGAGUUGAGCGGGCGCGAGGUCCACAUGCUGCUGCAGAACGAGCUCUUCCUCAACGUGGCGACCAGGGAUUUCGAAGAGGGGGAGCUGCGGGGCCAGAUCAACGCCCUGCCGUACAGCGGACUCCCGGCACGACACCGAGAGCUGCCCAUCCCCCUCGCUGGCCACUUCGUGUCCCCUCCUGUACGUGCCGGGUCUGCUGGCCACGCCUGGGUGUCCCUGGACGAUCACUGCCACCUGCACUAUGAGAUUGUGGUCGCCGGCCUUGGCCGGGCGGACGACGGAACCGUCAGCGCCCACCUGCACGGCUUUGCCGAGCUGGGGGAGCUCCAAGAGAGCAGCAGCCGGGAGCACAAGCGACUGCUUAGGGGCUUCUACGGCACGGAGGCCCAGGGCGUUGUGAAGGACCUGGAUCAGGAACUGCUUCGUCACCUGGCUCGGGGCACCGCCUUCCUGCAAGUCAGCACCAAAGCGAAUCCGCGAGGGGAAAUCCGGGGCAAGGUGCACGUUCCAAACCACUGUGAGGCGGGGGGCAUCCGAUUGGCCCCCGGAGAUCCAGAGGACGAGCUGCCGGAGGACCCGGUCCCCAAGAACCCCGAAGAGCUGAAGAGUGGCCCGAAUUCCUGCUUCUUCGAAGGUCAGCACAGACCUCACGGCUCCCACUGGGCCCCGGACUAUGACAAGAAAUGCUCCAUCUGUAGCUGCCAGAAGCGCACCGUCAUCUGCGACCCGGUCCUGUGCCAGCCCCUCAACUGCUCCCAGCCAGUGCUUCCGGAGGACCAGUGCUGCCCAGUGUGCGAAGAGAGGAGGGAAGUCCUAGAAGGGCAGACAGCCGAGAAGGCCCGAGACAGCAGCGAAGGUUGCUACUUUGAUGGGGACAAGACGUGGCGAGCCGCAGGCACCCGCUGGCACCCCGUGGUCCCCCCUUUUGGCCUCAUCAAAUGCGCCGUUUGCACAUGCAAGGGAGCCACCGGGGAGGUGCACUGUGAGAAAGUGCAGUGCCCACGCCUGACCUGCACCAACCCCAUCCGUGCCAGCCCCUCCGACUGCUGCAAGCAAUGCCCAGCGUCCGAGCAGAGUCCUGUCCUGCUGUCGGACAUGAUGCAGGCCGACGGACCCCGGGCCUGCCGGUUUGGGCGCCAGUGGUACAUGCACAACGAGAGCUGGCACCCCACCGUGCCCCCUUUUGGGGAGAUGAAGUGCAUCACUUGCUGGUGUGUGUCUGGGGAGACGCACUGCCAGCGUCAGGAAUGCUCUCCGGCCUCUUGCUCCAGAGAAGGGAGGACAGAGAACGCCUGCUGCUCCAAGUGCCAAGUGCCGGAAGACCUUCCCGAAGAAGCUCCAGAGAUGCUCCAAGAAGAGGCCAAGAACUCCUGGAGGCGUUAGCUGGCCGCCCAGAGGCAGGAAGCCGGCGUGGCACCGCCAAGGCGCCGGAGGGAGACAGAAGCCAGAACCCUUUGCAGCUGACGCUGGGCAGGGCUUUCCCAAAGCCGCCCGCGUCUUGCUGGGCUCGUUAAGGACAAGGAGAAGUGCCUUCUGGUGCCACCCAGAGGGACAAGCCUGGCGAGUGUACAACAUCUGCAUCUGUCUCCAGGAGAGAAGGAGGUGGCCUCGGGAAGAUGAACGUUUGGAAUCGGCCGGGGGGGGAGGGCUCUUGGGGACUGCGGACCAACGCCGUGUAUUAUUGCUAGUGGGGCGCACGUAGCCCCCUUUGGUGAAGAGCAAUGAGGCCCUCGAAGGGGUCGGAUCCAGGACACUGCCCGGCCCAGCGGUUUACACACACGCAAUGUAAAGAUAAGAUAAGCGUACGAGGCCGCCCCCGUUCCACCUGAAAUGGUCAGCGCCACCUCUUUUGAGGCGAGUGCGCGGCUGUGCCUUUUGCUUGCCUGGCCCGCCUCCCCCCACCAAUGU